UACACACAUACACGUGUGCCUAUAAAACGUUCCUCACAUUCAUAUCAUCGUCACUUUUUCUCCCCAAAAUUUGAUUUUUCAGCUAACAAUUUCCCUUGCAGAUUCUUUCGAACCCUAACCCUAACAAAUUUUCACUCCGCAACUUUUCUCCAAAUCCUUAUUUUCGCAGUAAUGGGAGAAACCAAGGACGAUGUUUACGAGGAUGAGCUCCUUGACUACGAAGAGGAAGACGAAAAAGUUCCUGAUUCCGCUGGAGCUAAAGUUAACGGUGAAUCUGGAAAGAAGGGCUAUGUGGGGAUCCACAGUUCAGGAUUCAGAGACUUUCUUCUAAAGCCAGAGCUGCUUCGGGCUAUUGUGGACUCGGGAUUUGAGCAUCCUUCUGAAGUACAACAUGAAUGCAUACCUCAAGCAAUCCUGGGAAUGGAUGUUUUAUGCCAAGCAAAAUCUGGAAUGGGAAAAACUGCUGUUUUUGUUUUAUCAACUUUGCAGCAGAUUGAUCCUAUUCCAGGCCAAGUUUCUGCUCUUAUUCUGUGUCAUACAAGGGAAUUAGCAUACCAGAUAUGCCAUGAGUUUGAAAGGUUCAGCACCUACUUGUCUGAUCUCAAAGUUGCUGUCUUCUAUGGUGGUGUCAACAUUAAAGUUCACAAGGAUCUGUUGAAAAAUGAAUGCCCUCAAAUUGUUGUUGGUACACCUGGAAGAAUACUAGCAUUGUCCAGGGAUAAGGACCUUUCUUUGAAGAAUGUUAGGCAUUUCAUUUUGGAUGAAUGUGAUAAGAUGCUGGAAUCACUUGACAUGAGGAAAGAUGUGCAAGAUAUUUUCAAGUUGACUCCCCACGAUAAGCAAGUUAUGAUGUUUUCUGCAACGCUCAGCAAGGAAAUCCGCCCAGUCUGCAAAAAAUUUAUGCAAGAUCCCAUGGAAAUUUAUGUUGACGAUGAAGCAAAAUUGACCCUUCAUGGUCUUGUUCAGCACUAUAUCAAAUUGAAGGAGGAGGAGAAAAACCGGAAGCUGAAUGAUCUUCUUGAUGCACUGGACUUCAACCAGGUUGUGAUAUUUGUGAAAAGUGUUAGUAGAGCAGCUGAGCUGGACAAAUUGCUUGUGGAAUGCAAUUUUCCAUCUAUAUGCAUUCAUUCUGGAAUGUCCCAGGAAGAAAGGUUGAAGCGUUAUAAAGGUUUUAAGGAGGGGCAUACAAGGAUUCUUGUAGCAACAGAUUUGGUUGGCAGGGGAAUUGACAUUGAACGUGUGAAUAUUGUGAUAAAUUAUGACAUGCCUGACUCUGCAGACACAUACUUGCACAGAGUUGGCAGAGCUGGAAGGUUUGGCACCAAAGGCCUUGCAAUUACAUUUGUUUCAUGUUCAUCCGAUGUUGAUGUUCUCAACAAUGUUCAGUCCCGGUUUGAGGUGGACAUAAAACAACUUCCAGAGCAGAUUGAUACAUCUACAUACAUGCCAUCAUAAUAAUCCACUGUGGUAAUCCUUGGAUCAAUUGGAAGGGAUGAUAUAGCUUUUGCAGAUCAAUUCUAUCUUACCGUCCAGCCAAACAAUGCUCUUAAAACUGGCGAUUUGCCUUGUUGCCUAUUCCAUGUACUUUAUUGACCCGUAAUGCCGUUUUGUCAUUGGUAUUUGGGUUUUGCGAAAUAACUGCUUACAAAUAUAUGUGGAUUAAUUUUCUGUCUUAUGUAGGUUUUUUUCUCUGAAA